GCUCAUUCUCUCCCAAAAGAGAGUAGACCUACGCAGGAGAGCGAUCGUAUGGCUUCCCACAGGUCUGGCAACUAACCGUUUCACCCUUACGGUUCAGUUUCUCCGAGAGACACGGUUGCGUAGGUAACGGAAAACAGCGCGUACGUAGUGGAUUUGGUUUUUUUGAAAAAAUCGAAGCGGUUAAACCUGAAAGAUCGUGAUCCAAACAAGAUCGUAGUGCACGAUUUCGAAACGAAAUUCUUUACCCAUUGCAAAGGUCGCAUCGUGAAGGCACUUAAUGCUCAUCGUUAUCCUCGGACGGAACGAUAGUGGUGAUACAGCCGGCCAAACGCAUGCAAAUGUUGUAGACUCUUCAUAAAAAGGGUUCUCGUGGAAGUGAUUAACAUACGCCAACGGUGUUAACGUUAAAAGAUUCAAUGCCAAUAUCCACGAAAUCUACAGCAUCUUCUAUUCUAUUGCUUUGCGAGAAACUAACCCACAAUUCUCGUCCCCGUGCGUAAAAGAGUGGCAAAAGUGGUCGUAAGAUUUUUAUUGCGACGCAGAAUUCGCAGAUAUCAUCCAGUGCGUCCCAGUGUUAUGCUGUGAGUGGUUCCGUGUUCGGGCGAUUUUUUUGGUUUGUGGGAUGUGUAAGUGUUUGCUGGUGUAGAUUUAGCGCUUCUAUGCGAAAUAUUGGGUAAAUGUUUACUGACCAGUGGUUAGCCGUUAGUGCCGGUCUCGUGCGUACGUGCGUGUUGAAGGAAUUCAAAUUGUAAACACGUGGUCGCUUACGGUUCGCGCUGCUAGACGUACAUUCCAAACGGUUUGCAGUGGAACGAGAACGUGCGGAAUCUGAUGCGUGUGAUCGAUCGAUCGACGAUCAUUAACGCGUUGACGGCGAAAUUAGACAACCGUCCCGAGUGUGUUAGAAUUGUGUUUGCUGGUUGCUAGUGUUGGAAGUUUUGAAAGCUUUCUUUCCUGCGUACCUGAGCCAACGGUCAGCAACGAUUCCCAGGUCCCCUGUUAACGAUCUUGCGAGCUUGCGUGUGUCGGCUGUACGGUGUGUGUGAGCGCUCUUUUCGCGAAACUUCAAACCUCCAACUCCUAUCAGGAGGACUCCACGAGCAGGACCACUCUCCCUGGAACGGCUCCAUCCACCUCCACGGUGGUCUCGACGAAAGGGUCGAAAAUUCAAACCAAACCACACCGAUCAGUGAUCGACAAACGAUCGUCGCAGACGGACCACCGCGAAACCGCUGCGCUGUGAAACAAUCGCGUCCAGGAAGGACCUCCCGGCCUUCGGUGUUUCCCGGCGGGCUCGGUACGGGUUUUUUUGGGAGCCACGGAUACGCCUCUCAACCGGAGUGUGUGUGUGUUUGUGGGACAGUGUAGUUUUCUGUGUGUCCGUAGAUUAGUAACAGAAAUAAAACACGAAAAAGCUCGUUUCUGUCCACAUCGAGUGGCGUUAUCGGGCCGGGCCUGGUGAAUGUUUCUGUCUAGACCGUGGCGUAAAAGCACGACAGGUAUUAAACAGUGCGAUAGGAUAGGCUGUGUCCGUUGUGUGCCGCUUGAAAGGUUGAUGAUAAGGAAGCUGCUUUCUGCUUUACUAGUCGACGUGACUCGGCUUUAAGGAACGUGAGACCGGCCGAUGACAAUGUUUGGUGCGGUUGCGAAGGCUGGUGAUGCUGGUCAUCGGUGCUGCGGGUGUGUUCCAAUGGUGUCGCUGGUAAAGGUCCGGUGUGCUGAGUGUCGUCCGGUAGCACUACGAUGUGAUAUCUGAGCAGUUUAUAGUGCUUGUAUGCGUGUGUGUGUGUAAGUGUGCGCUCGAGAAGUGAGCAGAGUGGCAUACGCAUCUCUCCUUUCCCGCCCUCGAAAAGCGAAGUGUUUUGUGAUUGAAACCCCAAGCGGGAAGCAGCCAAGACGUAAUAGUGUCCCCGGUAUAUUGUGGAAAAUUGGUUUCAAGAGUCGUGUUUUUUUUUGAGUGCGUCCGUUAGCGGGAAAUACGAGUGCGCGUAUCCUAGUGCAGACGGUGAAGUGGUUUUAUCGGAAAUUUUUCUGUCUCAAGAUAGCCAGUACAGGUUUCUACCCAGCUAGCACGCAUGCUUGAGCUGUAGGCGUGCCGUUAUCGCUACUGUCUGAAGUGGUCUGUUUUACGAGAAUAUUAGUCAGCAGAAGGGAAGUCUGCACAGUGCUUCCUUGGUAGAAAGAAGGGAUACACGAGAGUAAAGCGUAACAGGGAUAGUGGUGAAGAGUCGCAUUUUCGACGUAUUACAGGUACUAUCGCGGAACGCGGCGCAUAGAACCAUUAGGACGGAGACCUUUGGAGUUGUUGUGGCGUUGCCUUUGCGUACACGCACACCCAUCAAAUUCAACAUUUUCUCGCCAAACCACACAGCUUUUUCUCCCGUCGUCAUGACAACGAAUACUAGCAACCUGAAGCUAUCUGGAAAUAUAAUAGGUCUGACAGGCAAACAAUCACAACCGCACACUCAGCAGCAGCAGCAACAGCAGUUACAGCAGCAGCAGCAACAGCACCAUCACCAAUUACAGCAGCAUCAUCUUCAGCAGCAAUUGCAGAAGCAGAAACUUAAGCAUCAUCUUCAACUACAGCAACAGCAACAGCAGCAGCAGCAACAACAACAACAUCAGCAAGUGUCUGGUUCGGUGGUGACCACCACACUAUCGAACGGUGUCGGUCAUCAUCCCGGAGGUGGCGUCUUCACGUCCGCUCUCAAUGGUGGCGGACUCGUGAAAUCUUCUGGUGGACUGACCGGUGGUAGUGGAAUCCCUCAGCAAACGGCAACCGGAACUGCCGGUGUUCCGGGGCAAGCGCCGGGUAGCCAUAUACCACCCCGCUAUCAACCACCGCCCCAUCCGCCGGGUGGCAUCCUGAAGAACGGUUACACUAACGGCCAUCUAAAGGCGGCAUACCAACGUCCGGAAGGGGCACAAAACGGUGGACUUGCGUACAACGGUACCAAGGGAUACGGUGGUGACAAUCUGAAGCGACCUCCAAACCCAUCCCGCUUACUGGCACCCCGUCAGCAUAUCCGCUUCUCGAAUCUACCUCCGCUGGUAAACGGUGGUCCUGCGGCCGUUAGUCAGCCGACCCAAGCGCAACAGGCCGCGAUCGCGGCCCAUCAUCAACAACAGCAACAGAUCCAAACGCUUCAUCAUCUACCGCCGGCACCGCACGCACGCCUCAGCUCGGAAUCGUCAUCCGAGGAUCAGACGACCAGCUCGACGAGAUCGUUACAGGUGCAUCUGGCCCACGCAAAGGCAUCGGCAAUCGGCACUUCGUCCAACUCCGCAACACAGCAACCUGCCACCGUACCGAACGGACCAUCCGCCGGUCAUAUCCAUCAAACGACCGCGAUAGUGCAUCAAAGUAGUCAACCCAACUCCAGUACCAACACGAACGGAACGAAUUCCUCCAGUUCGGUCCAGGGGCUUCUGAAGCCUCCGCAACCGUCACAUCUACCUACGGCUACCGGUGUACAUCAUCAGCACCAGCAGCAACAUCAACAGCAGCAGCAGCAGCAACAGUCUCAUCCGGUUCACACACUCCAACAUCCGGCCCAGUCACAGCAGCAAUCAGCACAGCAGCAGAACCAGGAGAUGCUGAAGUUUGUCCGGAAAGCGGAGUCCGAAACCUCCUCCACACCGACCUCUUCGAGCGGUGGUGGUGGAGGUGGAGGUGGACGCAUCUCGGCACUGGAGCAGAAUCGACAUUUUCAGAAUCUGCUGGCAGAACUGAGGGCACUGAAAGAGGCUAAUCAGCGGUUAAGUGAUGACAAUCAGGAGCUGCGCGAUCUUUGCUGCUUCUUGGACGAUGAUCGACAGAAGGGACGCAAGCUGGCUAGAGAGUGGCAGAGGUUUGGCAGAUACACGGCGAGCGUUAUGCGACAGGAAGUCUCCGCUUAUCAGACAAAACUGAGACAACUGGAUGACAAGCAACAGGAGCUGAUUCGUGACAAUCUCGAGCUGAAGGAGCUUUGUCUGUAUCUGGACGAGGAGCGGAACAACACCGGCAGUCGUACGGCAGUCGUUUGUUCCAGCUGUGGUAACUCGGCGAAUGCCGUACCACUGCGGGACGAUGGUGAUGGCAGCAGUUCCAGUACGAAUGCGGACGAGAACUUGCACAACAUUGCCCAGUUUGGACGUAAUGGAAUGGAUCUAAACAUGCGAUCGACUUUAAGCGAUCAGACUCUUCAGUACGUGCGGGCACUUGAGACUAGGAUACGGCAGCUAGAGGAGGAACGGGCGGUAGUGUUGAACAAUAGUGCCACAACGACGGGUACAGCAACGACGAACGGAGGUGGACAGGUGCAGGUGACAACUUCAUCGUCGAACGAUCCAAUUUCCGGACGUCCCGAAGCGGUCGUGCGGGCUCUGCAAGUGCUGGAGGUACGCGAACAGUUGGAACGAGAACGAAUCGGUAACACACCGCCGGAUCAGCUGGACGAUGGCGAGAAGGCACUGGUGCGCGAGAUGUGUAAUGUGGUGUGGCGCAAGCUGGAGGACGCUCCCAAUACCGGUAUCGAUCAGCACGUCUAGGGAUGACUCGACGCAGAUGUCCCAUCCCUAUUCUACUCCGAGGCUCACUGUAUAAGGCGUGUACUCCUCAUUUCAAAUAGGACGAUGUACAAAUUAAUUAUAAUGACACACACACAAGGAUGCAGACAAGACAACACAAAGGGACCGGGACUUACGAACAUCCCGGAGUUGGGGGAGUGGAUGAAAGGUAGAAAAGGGCAGGUUGAUUCAGGAUGGAACGAUGAUUUGGAGGCGUGCAUUCGAGAGCGAUCUUGCGUACGAAGCAAAAUCCACUCUCCUUCGCACACCAUGACGAAGCAUGAUGACGGGGAGAAAACAGUUAUCAAGAAGUAUUUUUUUGACGUUCACAUCCUUUGAUCCUUGCGCUCUCUUCUCCCGCUCCCUUCACCGGCCGGUAUUUGUGGUGCGGGUUCCCUUUCGGUCGGUGGACAAGUUGUACAAGCUUUUUAGUGUUUAGAUAUUUAUCGACGGUUAUGCAAGCGGCAACGCCUUUUAUGUACACUGGCCACUCGUUAUCAGGCUAUCGAGGUUUCAAGUCUUGUGUAGGGUGUAAAAAAAGUGUUUUUGGAACGUGUGUAAACUGUGUUUGUGUUAUCUCGUUUAAUUUGAUAGCUUAUUUUAAUUUUCAUUUUACACGUUCUCGGGCUCGUGUUUGCUUUCCUUUCGUGAGAAAUAGGUAGGCCAAACAUGUGCAGAGCGGUUGGAAACUGAAACUAAAAUGUUCGCAAUGCGUGUACAGAUGCAGUAAGGGAUGGAGUUCGUUGAGAGCGUUACGCGUUUCGCAAUAAUUGAAAACUAUACGAUUAUGAUUUCUUUGUUAGUGUUGUUUUAUGUAUGCUUUCCAAUGCGCAGGCUUAUACAUACGUACGUAUAUAUGUAUUUUUCGCAUAGAUAUGAUUAUUAUUUUAUCGUCUUUAUUAAACUGUUAUGGCAUAAACUGUAAA